ACCAUUUCACAAAGAUAAAGCAUAAUCAAGAUUGACGACCAAACUGAUCGAAAGUUCUACCAUUUCUUACAAUAUUACAAUGUUACCUUCCUUCUGAAACCAAGUGAAAACUAAGUUACAUCCACUUCUCUCCCCUGUACUUUGACUUCACUACCUGUUGUAGUGGCUGCUGCGACUCCUUAUGCAACUGCCAUCUGUGACUUUUAUCUUGUUGAACUUACAGUUAUUUUAAUAGGUGAACAAACUACAAAAUUGAUGUCGACAUUUUUUGAAAUUCUAUCGAGGUUUUAUCUUGGUUGGUUUACCUCUGUAUAGUAAAAUGUAUUUGCAUCUAUGAAUGACCGGCCAUUGAUUGUUGCCAUAUAAGUGAAUGAGUUUUUUUUUUUAAUAACUUUUCCUUUAUUUCUCUUUCUUUUUGCUUGUUUCUGUAUCUUUCUUUUAACUUGAAAAUCAUAUAAAUCUCUGAAUUUUAUCAGCUUUAUUGACUAAAUAGUCCAUUUCACAUGAUUAAUCUCUAGACAAGUAACGGGAGAACUAGUGUUUAUUUUACCAGCAGUUAUCUUUCUAUCUGUUUAUUAUAAGUGUAAUUAUUUUUUUAAAAGAAUAAUUAUGACACCCUUGAACCCAGUUCGGUAUCAGAACACUGGAGAAAAGGUUCACUUAUUGAGCAGUGCUAAUCAAAGUUUCUUCUUCCGUCACACGACCAAUUCCACAUUUUCGAGCGCCCCAAGAAACAUCAUGGCGUCGUUUUUCUUGCAAGCCGUUUUCGGACCACGUCUUUACAGGAUCCAUAAACCAAAUGAAGCGGAGAAAUACUAUCAGUCAAAAUAUUUAGAAGCUUUUGGAGACAAAAUUAUUUCUUCUACUCAUAUGGUAUUAAGUUUUUCAAAGUGGGCGUCACCUUUUAUAAUUCUCUAUUUUUACCGUCAUGGCUAUUAUACAAGUAACAUGUUAGUGGUCGCUGUACACUCCUUGUCCGGAGCUGCUGCUGUUUAUCUGAUGGCACUUGUUAUUCGAGGUCUAGGACGGUAUAUGGAUGCAGAUUAUAUGGAUUUUCAAAGAAGCUUGACUACAGCGAAAUCUAGUCCUUCGCGAAAUAAUAUUCAAAUGUUAAACUAUUUUGAUUUUGAACAGUGGGCACGUCCUUAUGAUUUCAGCGUCGUUUCCACUCAGAAAAGUGCAAGGACCAUUAAAUCGGACAAAACUAAUAAAACAAACAUCAAUGAAAAAUCUCUUUUGCGAAAAAUAAUGGAUAUUCCCAUGUUAUUGCUUGGUUAUGUUUUUUUCAAUGUCAUGGGCAGAGCGCUCGUCUAUCCCGGUUCCACUUGGGUCGUGAACAAAAUGAACAGAAGCAUGCUUUUAUCGUAUAGGGCAAAAUUGGUGGAGGAAGACGGAGCGGUAAGAGCUCGAGUUGAGACUUUCGAUAAAAACGGCAUUGAUACUGUAUUUAUUGACAACAGAAACAAGACCCUAACAGGCCAGACUCUCGUUAUAUGCUGCGAAGGAAACUGUGGCUAUUAUGAAAUUGGUAUAUUGUGUACUCCAUUUGAAAAAGGAUAUUCCGUGCUAGGCUGGAACCACCCUGGUUUUGGAGAAAGUAGCGGACACCCCUGCCCUAAAGAAGAACAAAAUGCAAUAGAUUCGGUUAUACAAUAUGCAAUAGAGGGCCUUGGAUUUUUACCAGGAAAUAUAAUAAUAUAUUCUUGGUCUAUCGGUGGUUAUGUUGCAACAUGGGCUGGAAUGACUUACCCUGAUUUAAAGGCAUUAAUAAUUGAUGCAUCCUUCGAUCAUCUCCUGCCUCUUGCUAUCACACGCCUGCCUGCCUUCAUGGAAAGUUUUGUAACAUUGUGUGUUUAUAAAUUUAUGAACUUGAAUAUAGCAGAGCAAGUUUUGCACUAUAACGGACCGAUAAUUUUGAUUCGUAGAACUCAUGAUGAAGUAAUUACAACUAGCACUCAACCAGACCUUCUUAGCAACCGUGGAAACCACCUUUUGACACACAUAUUAACUCAUCGUUAUCCUAAUAUCAUUAACAAGGACACUUUACAAGAAUGGUUGGGUUAUUCUGGCGUACAGAAAGCUACAUGUCUGAGUGAACUAAGCUAUACAGAAUGCUCCUUAUAUUUGAAGGAACUACCUAAUUCUUUCCCGAUAAAAGAAGGUAUUGAUUUAACAAAUGAGAUGAAAAGACAGAUGACAAUAUUUUUAGCUAAUAAGUAUAUGAUUGAUUUUGCUGCCACUCACUGUAUUCUGUUACCCACUUCUGUGUUCCAAGAACCCGAGUCUCUCCAUUAUUAAAUGUUUUUUAAAAAAUUUUAUUGGCCUAAACACCUGUGCACCUUGGUUCUAUUGAAAAGAUAGAUCAGAUACUUUUCGAUCUCUGGUUUGUCUUAAAUGCGAAAUUCUUUUAUAUUCAUUUACACCGAUGUACAUUAUUUAUUGUUGUUAUUGUUUAUCAUCUUAAUAGGUCGAUAAAAUUAGUACCUAUAAGUACUGCUGCGGUCGAUUUAAUCGACUAAGCUCCCCAAAACUGUGGUAUUGUACCGAUAUCUGAAAUAUGGCAGAAUUUGUCAAGCGCUGGCCAAAAAUAUUUUGCAGCAUUCAGUUACGCCCCUUUACAACUCAUGCCGGCUGCUUUGCCUUUUCGUACUUCCUGGAUCGAUAAAAUAAAUACUAGUCAAAUAAUGAUGUCAAUCUAAUUGAUUAUCCCACAUUUUCUCUAAACAUUGUAAUAAUGUUUGAAGUUUGACUUAUCAGCAUUUCUGGUAUUUCCCUAUGACUGAUGAGGCUCUGAAUAAUGUUACAGUUGUACUCAUAUUGUAUCAAUAUUAUGUAUAUAUCGGAAAAUGAGAGAGAAACGAAAUGCAAGGAAGUUCAGCCAUUUCUGUUACAUUACAAGCUUUUAUUUAUUCAUUGUAUUCAAGAUACCACAACGUUACUGUUUUAUACACCAGCCUGUCUUUUGUUAAUAUUUGUUGUUUUUUUUCUCAUUAAUCUAUAUUUUGUAAUAUAUUUAAAAACAGCAAUUAUUUACAAUAUAUAUUUGUAUGAAAUAAAAGACCAAUGCAUUAUUCUAUAAUGAUUAGUCUUGGUAUUUCAACAAAAUAUUUUAAAUGAUAUAAAUUCCUUGAUUUAUGAAUCAAAGUUCCAUUCUAUGCUUCUGAGCCAAUCCACUGUCUUGAAAACUACAUCUUCAGUUUCUACACAAACUUUUAAAAGAAUUUCAUUAGGGAUACCUUGCCUAUCAUCUAAAAAAGUAAAAUAAAAAUAAAUUCUCUGGAUUUGAAGAAUUAAGUUUUUAAUCUGAAAGUUACUACUGUUGUUAAAAUACUUUAAGCAAUUUCUCUAAACUUAAUAUUUACCAUAUCUUAAGCUUUGUUCUAAUAAUGAUUUUAAUUAAAUUUAUUUCAAUUCAGUGCUAAUAAGGGGAAAAUGUUAUUACUUUAAAUCCAUGUUUGACUGUAAUUUUAAUUAUACAAACUUUCUUUUCUGUUGGUUCUUAGAUUUUAAAUGUUUAAAGGUAAUUAAGAACAAAAGUUGUAAACUUUCAUUUGCUAAAAGUUAUAUAUUUUGUCUCUUUCAAAAAUUAGUGCAGAUCAAAAUUAUAUUUUGAUUUUGAUUUCAGUAAACUCCAAGUAAAGAGAAACGUUGGAAUAUGUGAUAUCUAUGGCAUGUUUAUUUUUGUAAAAAAUAGUUAAUAUUUUAUUUAAUUUAUACCAACAGUGGCAUCAUCAAAUCUGAGUCAACAAAGGGGCCUGUAUGCUGCUGCUCAAUCUUUUGGAAAUAGCAGUCACACUCCAUCUUAAAUAAGGAUGGACACAUUGGCUAAUCUAGCCCUACAUACCACUAAAAAGGUGAGAUGGCUGCAACUGAAAUGCCUUUAAUCAUGAAUCUGUUUAGUUAGCACUGAGCUGGAGCUAAAUGUCGUAAAAUUUGUUGAUCAGCUGACUAUUAUUAACUUCUGCCAGUUUGUGUAAACACUAAUUUGUGAUAGAUCACUAAUUUAUGGAUUAAAAAAAAAGUUAAUUUCAUCUGUCCCAUAGAUGGGAUAGCCUUUAUUAUUUUUUUUCUAUUUUAAAUGUAACUUUUAAAUAUUCUUUAAAAAAAGACUAAAAACGUUGUUUCAAAAAGUUUAGUAUUGAUACUAAGACAAAAAACAUACAAAAAAGGUGUGGUACCUUCAAAAUCGUGUUGAUUUUAUCUUAUUGUAUUGGAAUGACCGUUAUAAUUUGAUACAAUGAAUCUGUGUUAUACAGUUUGUGACAAGGCUAUACUUCUGAAUUACAGCUACAAUCAAGAACUUUUCUACAUUUCUGUCUAUUCAACUUUACUUACAUGGUAUGGGGUGACAUUUGCUCAAGAUGUUAUGCAGUAGGGAUUGAACCUGUGACCUUAUGUUUACAAGGCAAACUUCAUAACCAGUCUGUUAUUUUGGGGUGUCCUGUGGGACGACCUAGAUGAGUUAUAUAACGCCUAUUAAAUGCAUACAUAUAGGUAAAAAUUGCUGAUUGCUAUAUGCUUUAAUGCUGUUUUAUAUUUGUACAAAUUUGAUGUUGACCUCAAUAAUUAUAACUUGUGUUACUGAAGAAUGUCUGGUUAUGCUCUUGCCAUUUUUUUUUCAAAUUUGUUUUCUUUUCUGACCUUCCAACUAGUUAGGUUAUAUAAUGGUUAAAAAUAGUUUCUGAUUUUUUUUUUUCUUUUUUGAAGAUAUUGCAAGUUAAGUUUCAACUGUCUCAAUCAAUGAAUUUCAUUAAAAGCACUAAGGGUUAUUAAAUAAUUUAGAGUUUUUCUAAUUACAUAAACUCUACUAAUGAAGAAGCCAUUAACCUAAAUUAUUUUGUUGUGAAUUGAAGUAUAUACUUUAAAUUACUGAUAUUAACACAAAACUCAUUGGCGAAAAAAAAUAUUGUAAGAUAUCUUUUUGCUUUUGUAAACUGUUCAAGGGUAGCAAUAGUUAUUUCCCUUCAUAAAGGCAAUACUUUAUUUGAUUUAAAGAUUGCAGUUAUAAAUUUAUAUCCAAAUUCCCUCUUAAUCCUCGUUUACUGUCACCAAACUUCAAUGUAAGAUUUUGUUUGAAGAUUUUAAAAGUAGAUUUAUUUAUUGAUGGAUUUGCUAUCAAAAUUUGGUCGAAGAUUAUUGGAGUAAUACAGCUAUAUGUUUAACAUUUGUGGUCUAAAACAUUCCAUAUUUAUCUUAGUACACUCAACACUUGGUUGUCAUACAAAUUGGAUAAUUUAUUGAUCUUUAAGUUUAUUUGAAUGAAAACGGAUGUAAUUGAUCAGAAGUUAUUUGAAGCAAUGUUCUCCCUUACUAGGCUUUUUAAAAUUGAGACUCUUCUUUUACUUUAGAUAUUAAUUAAAAUUCUCUUGCAUGUUUUUUUUCAGGUGUUUCAUUCAUAAUUUAUAAUCCAAGAUUAGUAUUUCUUUACUAAUUGAAAUAUAUUUUCACCCAAAGAAAUUUAUUGAUUUUUGCAUUUUCUUUAUUUGAUAUUGUUUUGUAUAUUUGUUUCCAUUUAACCCAUUCUAAUUUUUUUCUAACACAAAUACAAAUAUAUUAACAUACACACAUCUAUCUGUAUGUAUGUGUGUGUGUAUGUAUACAGGGUGUUUGGGCUAGAUUUAACAAUUUUUUUUUAUGCCUCCUUUUUUGAGGAACAGCUUACAGUAUAUCUGAACAGUCAAUGGCAUAAAGAUAAGUUAUAGUCGAGAAAAAGUUAGCUGACAUGGAGGACUGAAAGCCAUCUGAAUAUUGGAAAGAAGUUGCUGUAUUAGAUUUACGCUGGGUAUUGAAAUUCCAACAUCAUGACUGCCGUUCAUUGCUCUGUAAACAUAGUAACUAGGUUUGAUAGGGACAUCAUGAAAACCGAGUUCCCCAAAACAGGUGGUCUUUGGGUGUGUCUCAAGUGAGGAUGACAUCAUACAGUCCCAUGUAUUGGAACAGGGUCUUGGCUUAAUUCAGAUGGGUAUAUGAAGCUGCUGGAGAUUGUUAUCAGACUUUGGCUGGAGAAAGUUGCUGUUGAAAGGCCAUAUGUGACAGCAGGAUUUGGCUGCUUGCCAUACCUCUAGAACAAGUCAAAAGUGGUUGUUGGAGAAUUUCUACAACUUCACCAGCCCCAAUUUCUGUUCUAAUCCCCACCGAUUGUAAUCCCAGAGGUGCAUACCAACCGCUUCACUUCCAAUAUAAAGGCCAAAAACAAGGUGUUUGAAAAUCUUCCCGUGGACACUGGUGAAUGCAUGUACCAGGUUCUGGAGUUGUCUUAAGGCUGUGGUGGAAGUGAGGGUGGCUACUUUGAGUAAAUUGUUAUUUCCCAGCCAUUUACUUCAGGUAUUCUCAAUGGGGGUGUUAAUUUGCCACAAACAAGUGGAUAUAUUUUUUACAUACUUCAUGUAAAUGUAAACAUGCAUAAAUAAUUACAUUUUACGAUGGCAGAUUAACAAACGCAUGGCAAAAACCACCCGGGUAUGUACACUUACAUAUGACAAAUUUAAUGAAAUGAAAUCGGAUGAAUAUUGUACUGUAAGGAAAUGUUAUAAAUAAUAGGGAUAUGGGGAUCUUUUUUUGUUGCUGCCAGUUUUCUAUUUCUUUAAAUUUUGUUUCAGUUGUUUACAGAUUUGAUGUACCAAUUUACUAGUUAUGAAAAAUUAAUAAAUAAAAGGUUAAUAGAUUUAAAAUAUUGCAAAUUCUAGGUAACUUUAGCCAGUCAAAAGCAACAGACACAUUGGUGCUUGUUACCAUAGUAACAAGCGAAACUAUAGUCUGCUGUCCGAACUACCAUCACCAUCAUGUGUACCUUCUUUGGCAAUAAGUCAAACUAACCCUCACAUAGAGUUGUUUUUUUUGUUGUUUUUUUUUGUAAUUUUUCGCAAAAUUUUGUUGAGGACUUUUUCCUUUUUAAAUUAUAUUCAUGCCUGUUCGACCGUUUCACAUGAAUUUAUUCAUUAAAACUUCUUACAAACUUU